AAGGCGGGUGUCAGGGUGUGCGAGGCCUGGCUACAACUGUCCAAAGGAGGGAGAAUCGCCGGAGCAGGCGCGUGGCCUUCACCCCACCAACCUCGAUGUCCAGAUAGAUUCGCUCACCAGCAUGUUGGCGGACAUGGAGAACGCCCAGCAGCGCCGGAGCGAACGAGCCAACACGGAAUCUGCACCGUAUCCACCUCUGCAGCCUGGUGCCCCCAAACUCAGCCCGGCUUCGGCUACUUACAAGCCCACCCUCUCGGGCGGCUUUGUGGCCCCCAAGCCGGAUGCCAAGACCCUGCCUUACGGAGGCCCACCAGGCUCUGGAUCCCCUUACCCAGCCACCCCAGUGCUUCCCUGCCAGUACGGCUCACCCGGCUUGGGAGAUGUCUACGGAUACCAUCGUGCCCCAUUGGCACCCAAGCCGUACCCCCAGCCAAUGCCCGCCUCAUACGCCACGGCGUCCUCCUCAGCUGGGCCCCCCUUCAAUGUCCAGGUGAAAGUGGCCAAGCCGGUGGUGGGCUACAACCAGCCCAGGCGCAGGGCCGAGCCGGCGUAUGGGCCCCCGUCCCCGCAAGUAGGAUACGGGGUGAAACCUCCCCCGCAAUAUGCCACCGAACCGGGGUCCCGUCCGCGCCCCCAUGAGGCCGAGCCUUGGUACCCGGAGCCUCCCUCCUAUGGCCAGCAGCUGGGCGAGGGGGAAUUCUAUGCCGGCCCUGCAGGGCAGGGCAGGUUGGCGCCGGCGGGGCAGUUCCAGUCUGGAUUGGCGAAAGCUGGGAAGGACGAGUUGACAGCGCCGCUGGUUCCUGCUGGCAGUGGGGGGCUGAGGUUCCCCCAUCAGCCUCCCAUGUGCCGCCCAGAAGAGGAGCUGGACCGUCUGACCAAGAAAUUGAUGUACGACUUGAACAAUCCUCCCACCGCAGAAUAUUUUGGCCGCUGCGCUCAGUGCGGGGAGAACGUGGUGGGCGACGGGACGGGCUGCGUGGCCAUGGACCAGGUCUUCCACGUCGAGUGCUUCACCUGUGCUACCUGCCGGUGCCGCCUGCGGGGACAGCCGUUCUACGCCAUUGACCGCCGGUCGUACUGUGAAUCCUGCUAUAUUGUGACCCUGGAGAAAUGUUCAAUGUGCUCCAAGCCCAUCAUGGAUCGGAUCCUGCGGGCCAUGGGCAAAGCUUACCAUCCCCAGUGCUUCACCUGUGUGGUUUGCCACCGCUGCCUUGAUGGGAUCCCCUUCACCGUGGAUGCCACCAGCCAGAUCCACUGCAUUGAAGAUUUCCACCGGAAAUUUGCCCCCCGGUGUUCUGUGUGCGGUGAGGCCAUCAUGCCUGAACCAGGCCAGGAGGAGACGGUGCGCAUCGUGGCCCUGGACCGCAGCUUCCACAUCAACUGCUACAAGUGCGAGGAGUGUGGCCACCCGCUCUCUUCCGAAGGGGAGGGCCGCGGCUGCUACCCGCUGGAUGGCCAUAUUCUCUGUAAGAACUGCAGUGCCCGCCGGAUCCAGGACCUCUCCUCCGAUAUCACCACUGACUGCUGAUGGGAGGGCGGGGGGCGGCUUCGUGGGCUGCUCGACUUUGCACCCCGUUUUCUGGGUGCAAAGAGCUGGUUGCUGUAUUUCAGGGUGGGCCCAAGAUGGCGCCUUGAAGAGGGGGUUGGACUUCAACUCCCA